AUGGCGCUGGCCGCUCGCCUGCUGCCGGGCUUGCUGUUCUCCCGGCCGCUGUCGGGCGGAUUUGCCCGACUCCGGACUCUUGGUGCAGCCAAGGUAAGCCCAGAGUUGACCGGACUCUGCAUCUUCUGCCGCCGCCGCCUCGGCUCGAGGGCGACCCCGUUUCUUCGCGGAUCUUGGGCCUCGGCGACCUGGGUGCUACCUGCUCGGGGCCCCGGGUACCGUCCACUCAGCCCUCCGCGAUUCCACGCAGCCCUCACCUCUUUCCCUGCCCAUCCCUGGCGGAGCUACAGCACCCAGGAGCAGCCCCAAUCGCGCAAGAAAACCAAGAUGAUCAUCCUGGGAGUUUCCAACCCCAUCAACUGGAUUCGGACUCGAAUUUACGCCUUCCUUAUCUGGGCCUAUUUCGAUCAAGAGUUUAACAUCGCCGAGUUCGUGGAGGGUGCAAAGCAGGCUUUUGCUCUUGUAUCAAACUUGCUGUCACAGUGCAAAUUUGAUCUUUUGGAAGAACUUGUGGCCAAAGAGGUGCUACAAGUAUUGAAAGACAAGGUUCCUUUACUGCCUGAAAACCAUAAAAAUGCCCUUGCUGCUGACAUAGACGAAAUUGUAUAUUCAUCAACAGGAGACAUCUCCAUUUACUAUGAUGAGAAAGGAAGGAAGUUUGUUAACAUCCUGAUGUGCUUUUGGUAUCUAACCAGUGCCAAAGUCCCCAGUGAAACUUUAACUGGAGCCAGUAUAUUCCAGGUUAAGUUGGGAGAUCAGAGUGUGGAAACCAAACAACUUCUUAAUGCAACCUAUGAAUUUCACAGGGAGUUUACACAAGGAGUAAAGCCUGAUUGGACCAUUUCAAGGAUUGAACACUCAAAAUUAUUAGAAUAAUCUUUCUUGGAAAAAUCAGCUUAUGGACCUUUAGCAAUUGCUGUGAAAACUAAGGAAGAACAUCUUUUGGAUCAUUUGAUCUUCACUUAAGUCUGUUUUUGUAUUAUUUUGAAAUACUCUUUGAAGUAUAUUGGCAUGAUAUGAUAAAGCUUCUCCCCCCCAUUGUGAUCACCUUCUUUAAAAGCACUCUUAAGUAAAAAAGCUGCAACAAUUAUUGGUGUCAUAUUCAGUGUCAUUUUCAAUGCUAGAUGUGUUUAUAU